UUUUGUUUUAAAUACUGGCAAAUUAAAACACAGAAAGUGUAUUGUUUAACUAUAACAAACAAAAGCUCAGUGUUAAUAUUAUAAUUGUGGUAGACUUAUUUACCGUUGAACUGUGAAACCAUGGUUUAUGUUGAACCAUCAUUUCCACGCGGCCGAAAAGCCGAAACUGACGAGGACAAGCAGCCGCGAAAGAAAUUUAAAAAGAAUAUCGAAUAUGGAGCAUCUACUACCAACGAAGAAAAACCGCAAAAACCUCGUCAGAAGGAACGCUUACAGCAGCGCCUGGAGCAAAUCGAACAGGACAAAGAAGAGCUGGAGCACAGUGUCACCGCACCUGCUUUGAGCUUUGAAACAGUCCAGGUUGGUAUGCUGGUAAUGGGCUGUGUUUUUAAAGUUCAAAAAAUGGAACUGACCAUUUCACUGCCGGGUCGAUUGUGCGGAACGGUUCCCCUGGUGGGAAUAUCCGAGAUAUACAACGACCGUUUGCGUUGCUUCAUUGAGAAGGCCAACAGCACCGAAGAGGAGGUUCGCUGCCCGAGCUUGAACGAACUGUAUCAACCCGGUGAUUUGGUGUACGUAAAAAUUAAGGCGAAACACGAGAUGGACAAACGACUUGAGUUGACGCUAAACCCAAAGGAUCUCCAUAGCGAGUUUCACCGUGAACAUCUGGUCGAAGGAUCGAUUUUGAGUGCCACUAUUGAAGAGGAGGAAGAUCACGGUUAUCUGAUGAAUGUUGGCAUUAAGAACGUUCGGGCAUUUAUUCCUACGGCUAAUGUGUGCAAGAAUAAGAUGGAAAUUGGUACGAAUCUUUAUUGUAAGGUGGAAAAACUAAUAGGACAAACAAAGAGCUCAUCUACGGUAAUUUUGAAAGCUUUUAAACCAAAUGAGCCACGUAAGUUAAAAGUUGAAAGUACCAAUAUCGAUGCGCUUGUACCUGGAUCCGUGGUGACAUUUACGGUGGAAACGAUCCUUCCCAACGGAUUACAGGGAACGUUAUUCGACGAUACUGUUCCAGCUUUCGUCAAUGAAAAUAUGCUAGAAAAGCCACUGUCAAAGCUGACCAACUACACGCUCUUCCGUCAGGUUCAGGCACGCGUUCUGUACGUGAUGCCACUGAGUAAGCAUAUUUUUCUUACAUUGGCAAAUUAUGAUGGAAACAAAGCCCUGGUGAGAAAUCCGGUGGAACCCGGAACUGUUAUUGCUGAUGCUAAAAUAAUUAGCAAAAGUCCCAAGGGAGUUUGGUUUCAGAUUGCCAAGAAAUAUAAAGGUUUGCUUCCGAGGCAUAUCAUAAGAAGCAAGUAUCAGCAAAAUUACGACGAGAGUACAGUAAUGGCCAAGUAUCAGGUCAAUUCCCUUCAUAAGGUGCGUGUUAUUCGUUAUGAAGCUCUCGAUCGUACCAUUAUUGUAACUGAUGAUGAAAAGUCCUUGGACAUGAAGUAUUUUACCGUCGGCGAUCUGACGGUCGGCGAAAUUUACGAUUGUCGAAUCGUCAAGGAGUUGGACAACAAUCGAGGUUUCACUGUCUCGGCGGGCAACGUGAAAGGAUUGCUAACGUCGUUCAAUUUUGAACCUCGCACAACGCUGGCAGUAAAUCGAACCGUCAAACUUCGUUUGAUUUCCCUGGAAGAGGACCGAAGGUUGGCUCAUUUUUCGAAUCGUUCAGAUUACAUGAAGAAAUCCGCCAAGUUGCUAACGGAUAGGGAGAACAUCGUUGUGGGCCGAUCCUAUUUGGGAACCGUCAUUAAAGAACAGGAGAAAUACUUUGUAGUCUCGUUUUGCAACAGGAUAACCGGAAUUAUGUUCAAAUUUUGUCGUGAAAUAGCGCAAGACGUGGAGCAAAUUGAUCGCCUCAAACUGGGAUCUUCUGCGUUGUUUAAUGUGCACGAAGUGACGGAGAAUGGUCAAAAAAUUACACUCUCGAUUCCGCUCACGGCUGGCAAGGAAAAACUAGGUCACACUGCACUUGCAACCGUAACUGGUGUUUACGCUACCGGAGCGGACGUUUAUCUUGUGAAGGAAAACGAAACUGGUGUGAUUCCACCGGAGACGUACUCGGAUUUUCCCGAACACAAUGCCAUCUUCCAGAGCGUAUUGCGCGAGGGUGAUAAAUUGACAGUGGUCAACAUCAAGGAAAACGUUUACAGCUGUCGAGACGUACAUUACUUCCGGCACAAACCAACACAGGUUAAGCAGGUGAAGCUUGGUCAGGUACUAAGAGCUUACUGUCUGGGAUCCAACGCUCAGGAAAGGAAAGUAUCGUUUCAGCUGGCAUUGAAGGAUUACCCGCGCCAGGUCAGGCUGCGUAGGAAGGAAUUUUCUAGCGAUCCUGAAGGGGUGCUGAUUGAACAUGGGCAGGUCGUGUUGGUGAAAGUGGUCAAGCGAAUUCCGAAAGACGACGGAGUGUUGCUGUAUGUUUCGGCCAAACUGCAGGAUGUCUGCUUACAGGGUGUGGAUGAGGUGUUACGGUUUAUGCGGUUGUAUCUGUCGGAGGUCCAAGGGCUGUUGGAUAGAUUCAAGUCACAAGAUAAGCCAUUCAGCAGAUACAGCAUUGGUCAGAUUGUGACUUGCGUAGUGGAGAGUUUCGUUGAGGAUUCCGAUAGUAAAUCAAUAAUCGUACGACUGGGUGAGAACGAUGAUGCUCUCAGCGCUGUUAAGGGAAUUGCUAACGUGGAUGGUACGGACUGCAGCGUAGGUGAUCAACUGAAGGGUCGCGUUGUUUGGGUGGACGUUGAGCGACAGCUUGUUCACGUUUGUGUGACGAAGAAAUAUCUCAAACACGUGGAGGACAUGGAAUCGUGGGAACCAACUGACGGGUUCCUGAAUGCUGACAACCCGAGAGAAUUCAUCAGUCUAUUUAGCAACAACUACGUAACGGUGGGCUGCUUGCGUAAAGUGGAUUGUCCGCUAGUGAUCGUUCCGGUGAAAUGCCACUAUAACGACUUUGAGCCGAUUCGAGUGACGAAAAAGACACAAGCAGUGCUAUUGGAAACCUCGAAGGAUUUUGUGUAUGGUUUGAUCGAUGAAUCUUUCCAAAAGUAUAAGGAUUUGAAGGCAUCGCCAGAGGCGCGCGUUCGUCCAGAGUCAACCAAAGACUGCUGGUUGCCAGAUGACUAUGAGGAACCAAUUCUGGAGGAAAGUGACGACGAAAAGGACAAAACAGACGGAGCCAAAGCUGAUAGCAAUAGCGAUUCUGGCAUCGAUAAAGACGGUGAAACCCAACCAAAACAGGUAGAAAAACCAGCUAAAAAAUCUACGAAAAAGCAAAAGAAAGCGAAGGUGGAAAAACUUUCCAAAGUGAAAACCGUCGAAACCGCCCCAGGGAAAAUUCUCAAACUAAACAAGAAAACAAAAAAAUCGGCUGCCAAGAAGUUAAGCCCCAAAAUUCCGUUUGUUAUCAGUCAACUAGAUGGAGCCGACGAUCAGUUUACGUUCAGUAAGAAAAGCAAACCUUCUAAGUCUGGCAAAGAUCACAAAAAACAAUCGAAGCCUUUUUUUGGCUCACGCCCGACUGCUAAAACUGACAAAAUUCCAACCAGCAGUAAUCAGUCGGGCCGGAAAAAUACCGAUUCCCACAAGGAACAAUCGGAAAAAAGAGAUAAACUUCAACCGCAGGCGCCACCAACCGAGUACAAUAAAAAGCGUAACUCACAGGCCACCAAGCGCCCGUUUCCAGCACAAACAAACCGAGCCAAUCGGGAUUGUCUUCCGGGACCGGAAAACUUUUGGGGUGGCAGCGCGAAGCGCAAUAACAUCGACCAAAGUUCAAGUGACUCAAACGACGAGGAUGACAUUGUCGAACAGCAACCGAAAAAACGGCUCACCGGUAAGGAACGGUUCGAAGCCAUGAAGCAGGAGGAGAAACGUAUUCGCCAGAUCGAGGAAGAACUGGCCGAUGCUUCGGUGGAUCCCCAAACACCGGACCAGUUCGAUCGGUUGGUUCUUUCGCAGCCGAACAGCAGUCUGCUCUGGAUUCGCUACAUGGUGCACCAUAUGGAAUCGGCCGAAACGGAGAAGGCGCGUGCCGUGGCACGCAGAGCUCUGCAAACUAUCAACUUCCGUGAAGAGGGCGAGCGGUUGAACGUUUGGAUUGCCUUGCUUAAUCUUGAGCUUCGCUACGAAACGAUUGAAAAGUUUAAAGAAGUCCUAGCCGAAGCUAUCCAGUACAACGAUUCCUACAAGGUGUAUUCGCGUGUUGUUGAGGUUUUGAUUGAUUGUGGUAAAACCCAGGAGGUUCUCGAAAUAAUCGACAUUCUGCAGAAGCGCUUCCGUAAGCAGUCGGAAAUGUGGAUUUUGAUUGCUGAUUGCUACUAUAAGAUAGGUCAAACGAUGAUGGUGAAACCGUUGCUCAGCAAAGCUCUCAAAUCGUUGGAGAACAAAGAACACAUCCCAUUGAUAGUGAAGUUCGCUUUCCUGCACAACCGACAUGGCGACCGGGACGAGGCGCACAUUCUGUUCGAGCAGAUUCUCACUUCGUAUCCCAAGCGAACGGACAUUUGGUCACAGUACGUGGACAUGCUAGUUAAGGAUGGUCUCAUCGAGGCAGCCCGACAAACGCUGGAUCGAGCCAUUGCGCAGCGGUUGCCGAUGCGUAACAUGAAAACCCUCUACACCAAGUACGUUGCCUUCGAGGAAAAGCACGGUGAUCGUACGUCGGUCCAACGGAUCAAACAGACGGCGGCUGACUAUGUUAAGCAGCAGCUCAGCGCGAACGGUGUGGAACGAAGAGAUUAAUUGGUUGUGGUUCGAUGAUUAUCUUAAUUUUUAAUUAUU